GUAAUUUUGUGUGCUGAGUGAAGGAAAAUUAUAAUAACACAAACGUUUAGUUAAAACAUCUGCGCGCAACUGGUUUGACUUGUAUUACCUUUUACAAUCGGCAGCAUAGAAUGUCUUAUAACCGUCAUGAGAAAAUUGCAGAAAGUUUGGCUUUUACAGUCAAGGUCGGCGAUUGUCACCUCCAACAGUUUUCCUAUAGAUAUAAACAAUUGAAAGCGAAACCGUGUAACACAUGCACCCUUUUACAGUGUUUUAAUAGACAACAACGUUCAUUCAGAUUUAUUGAUACGCUAGUGCUUGCAGUGCUUCUGAUUUUAAUAAUGAGUGCGCUUACAAUUGAUGCAAUUCGAAAUGAAACGCAAAAGAGCCAAGUGCAGUGUUUGGAAGGUUCUCACUUCUAUCGGGAUCCUAAUCGCCCGGUCCACAAAAUCUGGACGAAUACGGAGUGCUCCAAAUAUUACUUGUGUUUGGAAGGUGAAGUAUUUCAUUUUAAGUGUUCAGAAGGCCUUAAUUUCGAUGUGAUUCGUCAAAUAUGUGAUUUUAAGCAAAACGUUGAAAAUUGUCACAUUACGGCUGAAACUCCUAUACCUAAGCCGCUUUUGGAUAAGGCUACUUGCGCAGAGUUGGACUAUUGGGGUUGUGCUGACGGCACCUGCUUACCAACUGAAUAUUUUUGCGAUGGUUCGCUAGACUGCCCUGAUGAGUCUGACGAAGGUUGGUGUGAUGUUGAAAACGAUCCCAAUGCCGCCGGACCGUGUGAUCUCCGUUAUUGUCGUCUACCGGAUUGUUUUUGCUCUAAAGAUGGUACUCACAUACCAGGAUUUUUGGAUGUUCGAUCAGUGCCCCAAAUGAUUCUGUUAACAUUUGAUGGUCCCGUGAACUUUGAAAAUUGGGAGUUAUUUUCACAAACUCUUUUUAAGGGUAAUAGGCGGAAUCCUAACAAUUGUCCCAUUAAAGCUACAUUUUUUGUGCCACAUUCUUACACAAAUUAUCAAUACGUUCAAAAGCUUUGGAAUAACGGUCAUGAAGUAGCAGUGCAGUCUGUUACGCAGCGUAGUCCAGAGAUUUGGUGGUCAAAGAAUGCCACUAUUGAGGAUUGGUUUGAUGAGAUGGUAGGGCAAGCUAAUAUACUAAAUCGUUUUGCUAGCGUACGUAUGGAAGAGAUUAGGGGUAUGCGUGUUCCUUUUUUAAGAGUUGGUUGGAAUCGUCAAUUUCUAAUGAUGAAGGAGUUUGGUUUUGUGUAUGAUUCUUCCAUGGUUGCGCCUUUUUCUAAUACUCCUCUAUGGCCUUAUACAUUGGAUUAUAAAAUGCCUCAUACUUGCACCGGUAUGCAACAAAAUUGUCCAUCUCGCAGUUAUUCCGGCUUGUGGGAAUUAGUUAUAAAUCAAUUGGAAUUUGGCGAUUAUACUUGCAGUAUGAUUGAUAACUGUCCCGUUUAUUUAAAUGGAGACGAUAUUUAUCGUAUGCUAACCCACAAUUUUAAACGCCAUUAUUUGAGCAAUCGCGCGCCGUUUGGGUUAUACUUUCAUGCCCUUUGGUUUAAGAAAACAGAAUAUUUAAACGCUUUCCUAAAAUUUCUGGAUGAUUUAAAAAAAUUUCCGGACGUUUAUUUUGUAACUAAUCAACAAGCCAUACAGUGGAUGAGACAUCCAAUAGCUAGCAAUCAACUGCAUCAGAUUGAAUCCUGGAAUUGUAAGCCAAAAAAGUUGGAGCCCCAUGAGCUCGCUUGUCAAAUAGCGAACACUUGCAAGUUACGCAGUCGGGUCCUGCAACAAGAUCGUUAUUUUCACACGUGCAAAGAGUGCCCGGCGCAAUAUCCUUGGAUACGUAAUGAGUUCGGUUUAGAUUAAAAAAAAUAGGCUUAGUUAACCCAUUCGUCGUUAAUCCAUUCAUCACCUAU